AUGUUCAUCUCCUCGGCCGGCACCUACGGCGCUGGGGGGGACCUCCACGCCGCCGUCUUCCCGGGCCUCCACGACAAUCCCGGCGGCGCCUCGGGCGGGCAUCACCCGCUCAACGGCCAGAUGCGCCUGGGGCUGGCCGUGGCUGCCGCCGCCGCCGCCGCCGCGGAGUUUUACGGGCGCAUCGAGCCCUUCCGCCCUUCGCCCGCCGGCUCCGAAGCCUCCUACGGCCCUGCCCCGCACGGCUAUCCGGUCAACUUGGCGGCGGCAGCGGCGGCGGCCGCCGCUUUGCAGCAGCAGCACCACCACCACUCGCACCCGCCCGCACAUGCGCACCACGCGUCGCCGCCGCAGCCGCCGCACCACGCGGGCGCCGCCGCCGCCGCCUUCCUGCGCUACAUGCGGCAGCCCAUUAAGCAAGAGCUGAUCUGCAAGUGGCUGGAGGCCGAGGCGGGCGGCGGCGGGACGCCACCCUGCUCCAAGACCUACAGCACCAUGCACGAGCUGGUCAACCACGUCACGGUGGAGCACGUCGGGGGGCCUGAGCAGAGCAGCCACGUGUGUUUCUGGGAGGAGUGUCCCCGCCAAGGGAAGCCCUUCAAGGCCAAGUACAAGCUCAUCAACCACAUCCGCGUGCACACGGGCGAGAAGCCUUUCCCCUGCCCCUUCCCGGGAUGCGGCAAGGUCUUCGCCCGCUCCGAGAACCUCAAGAUCCACAAACGGACUCAUACAGGGGAGAAGCCUUUUAAAUGCGAGUUUGAUGGCUGCGACAGGAAGUUUGCCAAUAGCAGUGACAGAAAGAAACACUCCCAUGUCCACACCAGUGACAAGCCAUAUUUCUGCAAAGUCAGAGGCUGUGAUAAAUCCUACACUCACCCCAGCUCUUUGCGAAAACACAUGAAGAUCCACUGCAAAUCCCCACCACCUUCUCCUAUCCCAGGAUCUCAUGGGUACCAGCCCGUGGGGACAACCUUGGGUGCCCCUCUUUCCCCACUUCAGGACUCAGGAAGGGGUCAGCCUACCAGCCUUUCUCCUCAGGUCACCAAUCUCAAUGAAUGGUACGUUUGCCAGGCCAGUGGGGUGGCCAACCACCUCCAUACCCCAUCCAGUAACGCCACCUCUUCUGAGGAGGAAGAUGAGGAGGAAGAGACCUACGGGAACUCUGAGUCAAGAACUAUUCACUAG